AUGUCUUAUCUUUUCCGCAUGAUCGUUCUCCUCCUGGUCCUCCUAGCAAACCCUUUGAUUGUUCACUCCAGAAUCCUAAGAUCAUCAAGCGAUAGUAAUGUUCACUCGCAACGAAGCUUUGAUUCCAUUGAUAAUCAGAAAUCAAAACUAGAUGCUGAAGCAGUUGCUGGAGCUAGAAGGUAUCUAAAGGAAUUUGGAUACCUACAAGAACAGGACCAUGAUGAUUUUGAGGGAGCAAUCAAGAAGUUCCAAAAAUACUACAAUCUAGAAGUCUCUGGAAAACUUGAUUCGCAAACCAACAAAAUUAUGUCAAUGCCAAGGUGUGGUAUCCCUGAUCAUCACCGUCACCUUCACCAUCACCUUCACCGCCAUCACCGUGGUUUCUCUAAAAACCUACUGAAGGUUACAUCAAAGUAUGCAUUCUCUAAAGAUGCCCCUUCAUGGCCUAAUAAUAAGAGAAACCUCACCUACAGUUUUGACCCAUCAGGUUAG